AUGUUAAAACCAUUUCUGUAUAAAUAUGCUUUGAUAUGUAUUUUAGCAGAAGACAUAGUUCUUUAUAUAAUUUUGAACACCACUCGUCAUCAACAUAAGAGAAAUGAAGCUUUUCUGUCCUAUUCUCAGUCUUUGAUAAUUAUUUUCCAAGCUUCAAAGUUAAAUGACUCGUUUUGUCCUUUACAACAAGAAAGAAAACUUUUUGAAUAUCCUGAGGAAAUUCUUACAACUUAUAGCGGAAAAAAAACUUUCCCUUAA